ACAAAGGAUGUCAAGGGAAGUCCCAUGAAUCUCUUGUCUGCUUAUUAUAGUUCUGUGGCAUUUUUGAAUAACAAAUGAAUACUGAGUAUUUGAAAGCCAGAAACGGAUACACCGUAGCUCAGAGUCAGUUAUACAUACAGACCCACAUUGUAUUCAGUGUGAGGGGAUGAACUGGAAACGCAAACUUCAGGUACAGGCUAGGUGGGAGAGGUAAUCUGGCUUUUAUCAUGUAAAUCGAAAAGGUUAUUGUAUAACAUCUACUUUAUAAGUAGAACUUAAAUCCUUUAAAGAAAAGUAGCAAAUUUCUCUUCUUUGUGUGUGAUUCUGUAUCGCAGAUAUUUAGCAGAUACAGUAUACAAUCAUCUUCUUCAUUUUGGUUAAGAAAACAUGAUCUGUUUGUGUCAAAAAUGUCUCUUUUUUUUAAUGAUAAAAUAAAUCUACACAUAUUUUCAGAACAUCUGACUAUAUGCUUGUCUGUGUCUGUCUAAAAUGAUAAAGAUAACCUGCGCAGCGCAUGUGGCUCAAAUAAACACAGAUGUGCUUUCAAACUGAAGCAAACACAGAUAUGGACAGACAGACCUGCACCCACAGCCAAAAUUGUAUGCAAAGUGAGCAUGCAGUGAAAAACCGCCACUAAAAACAGACGUGUUAAUCAGUAACAUCUAAAAAGUCCCCCAUGCACACACAGAAGACAGCACACACAGACACACACCCUAAGCUUGGAUGAGAGGUAGAGUAGUACUUUUUUUUUCUAUAAAGCUGCCAAACUGAAUUUCAGUCCCAAGUUAAAUAAACAAUAGUACAAUAUGUAUAUCAUUCUAAAAGCCCACCCCACAUAGGUCAUCAAACUUGAUUUUAUAGAACACACUCACAGGUUUUGUUCCAGUAGUUUCUUCCUGCCACAUUAGCAAUGUCAAGUAGUAAAAGUGACUAAUUUAGUGUAUUCAUGUAUUGUAUUUAUGUAUGAUUUUGAAGUAUCUGUUUCGAUUCUUCCAUUCCAAAAGAAAGGCAGAAAAGAAAUUCUACCUUUUCCUGAAAUCCAUGUUUCCUUUGCUGUGGUUACCAAGUACCUUGUGGCUUAAAAUGUAACAUUCAAAAUUGAGCUCAUAGAUGAUGAACUCUUGUAGAUCAUUCUCUCCACUAGUAAAGACUAGUGAUUUUUAGCCUUAAGCUGUAAGGCAUCAAAAAAGGCUCAGAGUAAAAUGCAACUGUAAUAACAAUUCAGUUAGGUAAUAAAUAUAACCAUUAUAUGCCAUUAAAAACCUUUGGCUUCAUAACAUUGUGGAUGGGACUUUUAUUUGCAUGAAAGCUUUUGCUUUUGAUUCAUUCGAUACACUACGUUUUGCUCAUGAUACAUCUCUACUUGGACUGAGAAGUAACUGAGAACUUUUAAAUGUCGUCUUGCUGCAAUUCCAACUUUUUUUUCACCCCUUACAGCACGAAACACACCCCUUGGGUGGAAAAACCCACAUUUACAUUAUUCGGAAUGGGGAAAGGCUCUUCACUUACUGAUGAAAUACAGAUGGUGUCUCCAUGGAGUGCAUGCCUGUUGUUUGUGCACGUAUAAGCGCAUGCAUGUUCGCAUAUAAAAAGUGUCAGCUCAGUGCCUUUUUUGCUAAAUUGAAGCCAAAAGGAACAACAGAUUUUCUUAGCAACAAACCAUCAACUGCGUUGGAUGUUACUCAGCUGCCUUCAAGGAAAUUUGUUCUGUCAUUCAUAACAGCUUCUGGUUGCCUUGCUCUAAUGGCUGAAUGGAGCUGGGUGGCCUACACAGUACUAGAAGUGCUUAUUGCUGCAGCAUGUUGCUUUGGUAAUGUGUUGGUGAUGUGUGCUGUGUAUUUCGGUAUCCGGGAUUCCCUUCGGGAACCAACAUUCUGCUUCCUCGUGUCAUUGGCAGUGGCUGACUUCCUUGUGGGUGUGGCCGCUGUGCCCCUUGCAGUAUUAUUGGAUGGCUGGGUGAGUCUAAUCCCUGAGUUGUGCCUGCUUCUCAGCUGUGUUGUGCUGGUGUUGACGCAGGCAUCUGUGCUGUCACUGCUAGCAAUUGCUGUGGACCGAUACCUGCGGUUGCACACACCACUCAGAUACAAAGCCUUGGCCACACAAAGGCACACAUGGAUCGGCGUGUCUGUUUGCUGGAUACUUUCAUGUCUCCUUGGCUUCACGCCUCUAUUUGGCUGGCACAAUUACUCCUCCCCAGCAUCUGAUUCUACCAACACAUCUUCCACUUCUUUCAUCCAUCCGCCAUGCACUUUCCUCUCUGUUAUCUCCCUCCCUUUCAUGGUCUACUUCAACUUCCUCGGAUGUGUAAUGGCACCCCUGCUGGUCAUGACCCUCCUCUACACUCGAAUCUUUUGGAGCCUACAGGGACGUCUAAAGGACAGCUGCCCUCAGACCCAGGCCUCUCUGCUCAGGGAGAAGAGGCUGGCCUGCUCCCUGGCUCUCGUUCUCAUCUUGUUUGCUGGCUGCUGGAUUCCUCUCCACCUGAUGAACUGUCUGCUGUUGUUUCAAGGCCCUCAGGCUGUCACACAGGGAACGCUCUAUACAGGUAUUCUCCUGUCUCAUGCCAACUCAGCAGUCAACCCUGUGAUCUAUGCCUAUCGCAUUCCAAAGAUCCAGCAGGCCUACAGUCAAUUAUGGAGGCGCUUCCUUGCAUGGUUAAACUGUUGCCAUCGGAAAAAAGCAGGUGCGCAGAUCAUUAACAUGCAGCUAAACCAUUAACAUACACAUCUGGAUAAAGAUGGAACACCAGUCUCCAAUAAGGGGCCUUUUGGUCACUGAGUUCAAAGGACUUUGUAAGAAAGUUUCUGUCUACUCAUAGAAACUGUGUUCAACCAUCAUUUAAAGCUUUAUCAAAGCUAAUCACAUAGACUGGGGAAAGUAAAUUCUAGUUACGGAUAUUUGUGUGGAAACUUUAUUCUACAAGUAGCAAUUUCCUGUGUCUCCACUAGAGGGCAGCAUACACUAACAAACGGUACAGCUCCUGUUCGAUGACAAUCACAACUGCAGUGUGUGACAAAUAAUUUCAAGUUGCCAUUCACUGAUUUUUGGACCACUUAUUUAACACAAACGUGACUUUAUUAAAAUGUACAUAUUUUAAAAGCACAUAAGUUAACAUUUUCAGUCAAUUCAACACUACUCGUGUAAGUCCUGCGUGUCUUCCUCCUCCUUUUUUAUUAUAUCUGGCAAUAAAAUUCAUACUUGAGCCAUGAGCAUAUGUUCCUCAGUGUGCAGUGAGCUCCUCAGGGAAGGCAAUAGACUGUAUAGUUAUCACCUGAGCAGGGUGCAGUCCCACCCACCAAACUAUACAACCUACUACCUCACCCUGUCAGAGCCCAAGUCAAACACACCCCAGGUUCGCCUUUCGAAAAAUGUUGGACCUAUUUACCUGCUCGACGUGAAAACAAGAAUAAGACUGCUGAAAGCUCAUAUUUUUGCUUGGAGAUGGCAGUCGGCGAGUGGCUGACUCGGCUGUCUCUUGGGAAAGACAGUAGAUUGUAUAGUUAUUUAAAAAAGAGGUUACAAAACCCCACAACUAUUCAAUCUACUACCUCAGCUCCAAGGACAGCAUCCACGUUGCUUCAACAUCGAAGAUCCACAAAGGUAUCCUUCCUGCAAUGGCACAAAGAAAAAAAGCGCUCAAUAAUAUUAACUAACUUGUAACUGAAAUGCAUCUGGUUAUUAAAGUAUUAUUCUCGUGUACUUUUAAAAGUUAAAUUUUUCACAA